AUGUCGGUUUUCUCCGAAACCCUAAUCCUCCCGAAUGCCCGCAGCUCGGUUUCACCAGUGCUGGCAGUGUCUACGUCAGCGCCCGCCAUCAAAUCCUUCGACGUGGCAUCCGGCGCGUCCCUGGGCGACGUGGCAGCGCGCCACCCUGGCACAGUGACGGAUUUAGGGUUUGCAGAAGCGGCUUUCGGAGGGGCGGGGCCGGGAAAGGAGGUGCUUCUGUCGUCGUCCUCCGAAUCCGCUGUUUACGUUUGGGACGCGCGCGCUCGAUCGCAAGCGGGCGUCUUCCCCGCGCAUGGGGGGGCGGGCGAGCUGUGGAGCUGCAGCGGGGGAGGGGGGAGCACAGGGCACCUGCUGGCGGCAGGGGCGAACUCACAGAUUCUCCUGUGGGACAUGCGCUCCACCCGUCUGUUGGGGCGACUUGAGGACGCUCACACAGAGGACGUCACUCAGGUUCGCUUCCACCCUCUCCACCGCACUGCACUCCUCUCAGCCGCGCUCGACGGCCUCAUCUGCCGCUUUGACCUCUCUCCACACCACGAGGCAUCACUCUCCGCCUCGGCAGUAACCACCCCAGCAGCGACAGCAGCAGCAGAGCGUUAUGCGGAUUCCGACCCGCUCCAGUCAGUAAUAAGCCCUGGCACAUCCAUCUCUCGCAUCGGCUUCUUUGGCCCGUCUGCCUCUGCUCUUUGGUGCCUCACCAGCGUUGAGACUCUCAGCCUUUGGGAUGUCUGGACUGGCGAUCCCAUUGCUUCUUUUGGUGACAUCCGGUCAACUCUCUCCGAAAAGUGGCCCCUUCAAGUCCCUGUGGAUUAUCUGAUUGCCUGUGACUACUCCCCCUCGCCCACCCCCCGCCUUCGCCUCUUUGCCGGUUCCCACCUGGGUCAUGCAGCAGCCUUCCCCAUCUCCCUGCCCCACACCGUCUCCAACCCAUCCCAACCUUCGGGACCCGCUACUGCUGCUGCGGCCGCUGCUCGUAAUGAUGAUGAUGAUGCAAUGAUGACAGAGGAUCCACGUGGCAGCGGUGCGAGCGUGCCACCUGGCAGCUGCCAGGUCAGCGGCCCGGACAUGCUGUUAUCCGGGGCCCAUUCGGGGGUGGUGAGGGAUGUGGUGAGAGUGGCACUGCCACCAUCUCAUGCGCCUGUGUCUCGAGGAAUGGCUGUGGCGUUUUGGACAGGAGGGGAGGAUGGGUGCUUGUGCCAAUGGGAGGGGAUUGAGGGGCAGGAGGAGGAGGAGGAGGGGGGGGAGGGCGGAGGGGUGAAAGGGAGUAAGCGGAAGGGUAAGGGGAAGGAUCGUUUCAAGCCGUACUAG